AGUAUCAAAAUAGACCGACGUGUUAUAAACUUAUGGAAGUUAAUGCGAAUAACGUUUAUCAUUUUCUACGAUAUAAAUCAAUUUAAAGAACAAUAAGUGUAUCUCUUUGGAGAUUAUUUAAGAUCCGUAUGAGGCCUGUCUAUACAGAUGUUUAAAUCGUCAGUCAAAUUUGUUUUCUUAUCAGUUAUUUGCUUGUCAUGGAAAACAUUUCAAGUUGAAACUCAAUGCCAAACUCAAACUCAAGAAGAAAUGACUGACACAGUAGAGAAGUAUUCGGAUUCUGCAAUGGCGAACAACGAUAAAGAGACUGAAACCUGUAGUUCACAAAAUUCGGAAAGGGAAUUAGGGCCUGACAGUGAAAAGAAUCCUAAUUAUCCUUUGGCACUCGUGCUUUUUGAUGAAAAAAAUCUGCUACCUCAUCAGAAAAAGUUCCGAAAUUUUAGUUUUGUUGGACAUCCUAUAUCUAUACAACAGAAUUGGGGAGGAUUGGGUGUGGCUGCUGUAGUCUGGGAAGCUGCUGUGGUAUUAGGUGAAUAUUUAGAACAACAUCGCCAUCUAGUGGAAGGCAAGAGAGUUAUAGAACUUGGUUCAGGAACUGGUUUAGCAGGACUUGUUGCAAGUUUUCUAGGUGGGAAAGUUACAUUAACAGAAAGAGCAGAAGCUUUGGAUUUUCUCCGUACAACAAUUGAAACCAAUUUACCAAAGGAUAAUAAAUUUCAGAUUGAUAUUACCGAGUUAGAUUGGACAAAAUCACUUGAAAAUUUCACUGAACACUAUGAUGUUAUCCUUGGCGCAGACAUUAUUUAUAUUAAAGAAACAUUCAAUGAUCUCUACAGGACAUUACUUCAUUUAACAUCCAAAGACACCCAUAUUUUAAUAUCGUGUAAAAUACGCUAUGAUAGAGAUUCCGACUUUUUAAACAUGUUGAAGAAAGAUUUUAAUCUGGAAGAAAUAUUUUAUGAGAAGAAAAGAGACAUUAGAAUUUAUUCUGUUUAUAAAAAAGCAUGACAAGAAAAUAUGCUGUU